AUGUCGGACUACUCAAACGAUGAUGACCAUGACCCUCGGAUUGAUGCGCUCCACGAAACUGCUUUGGUCACUCUCGAUACCUUGGUUAGCUCCUGCAGCCAGCAGAUGGAACCGUACCUGGCCAACACCAUCCAGUCUGCUCUUCGAUUCCUGAAAUAUGACCCCAAUCUGGCCGAAAUGGACGAGGAAAUGGGGGGUACGCAGGAUGUGGACAGUGAUGACAGUGGAUCGGACGAUGAUGACUUUGAUGAAGAGGAUGGCUAUAGUGAUGUCGAUGAUAUGAGCUGGAAGGUCCGACGAUGCGCAGUCAAGCUGCUCCAUACCGUGGUCUCCAAUCACGGUAGCAGCCGUGCUUUCGAAGAAUCUACUCUAUACUCUCAAGUCGUGUCGUCUUUGAUCUCCCGCAUCACCAAGGAGACGGAUGAAGGCGUCAAGUUGGAGGUGGUUUCUACCCUCACUUCACUAGUUCAGAAGACCAGUGAAGGCUCCGUGAUCAUCACAUCUGGUAGUCCUCUAGAAAGUGUUGGCGGCUCCCGGAACUCGCGCAAGAGGAGACGACAGGAUAGCGAUGCCAAUAUGAUGGACUUUGAGCCCGGUGCUGGAGCAUCGUCUGCCAUUGACUCUCCUGUCAUUCCUUGCUCCCCCAAAUCCGGGUCGCAGUCUGACUUAAUCAGUGCUGUUCCCCUGAUUAUCCAGAGUCUCACCAAGGCCUGGAAGAAGGCCUCAAUCACUCUGCGACAGGCGAUAAUUGUUCUAUUAAAAAGCCUGUCAUCGACCCGCUAUGGCGGCCUGACAGACCACCUGCCACAGAUCGAACUUCUCAUUGCGGAUGUUCUCAAGAACUCCUCCGCCGCUAUUACAACUUCCCAUGUCGGUGCUUUUGCUAGCACUGGCAGCCUACAUAUUGAAACGUUGGGACUUAUUUCUACCAUUGCGGAAACUCACUUUACCGAGGCUCUGCUUCCAUUCCUUCUCACCCUCGUUCCCGGCGUUCUUGAAUCUGUCACAUGGCUGAACUACAAGGUCAGCAGCGCGGCACUAGGCGCCGUGGAGCAAUUCAUUAAAACAUUUACACCUCCUCGGGUGUUGGCCAACUCUGCUGAUAUCUCGUCACAACUAGCAAGCCUUUAUGAUGUCGUUUUUGCCCGAAUCACUGAUACAAGCGCGGAUCUGGAAGUACGCCAACGGGCCAUUCAUGCUUUGGGUGUUUUGUUGGCACGUACUUCAGGAGAUCGGGGCGCUGAGUAUCUCUCGGCGGAUCGUAGAUCGAAGGGCCUUGUCAUUUUGGUGGAUCGGGCCAAGAAUGAGACCACUCGUGUUGCCGCUAUCAGCGCUAUCGACGAUGUCGCUGUUCUGGCCACCCGCAAAGAAGAUAUCAGCAGUGAGCUGAUCAACAUGAUGACCCUAGAAUUAAGUUCCAAUGUACGGAAAUCGGAUCGCGCCCUGCGGAGCUCAUGCCUAGAGGCUCUGCGUAGUAUUGCCAUGAAUACCAUCACUAGAUCUCAACUCACCAUCGAUACCAUCACCUCGCUGGAGAAUGACCUCCUACCUCUCCUCGCGGCCCCAUCCCCAGACUUCCACAUUAUUACGCCGGCGCUGAUCAUCGUUGCUCAACUUGUUCCAAUCAAUUCGAAGACCAUUGUCAACGAAGCUCUGAUUUCAUCAGUAUGCUCUAUUGUAAAACAGCCGCUCACUGGUACUGUAUUGAAGGCCCUGCUUCUUCUAGUCAAGGUUGUCGGUGAUGAGGGCGCCGGUGCUUCGCUGAUGCAGAGCCUGCUGCAGAAUGUGGGAAUCACCGGAGAUUUUGUCGUUGUGGGCAGAGCCAUUGGUACUCUCCUGGUCCACGGUGGCCCCAGUCUGGGAGUCAAAAUGGAUGACUUCUCCACAGAGCUUAGAACAACCAAGGAUGAAAACCGCAAGUGCCUUGCCCUUGUCAUUCUGGGCGAGAUCGGAUUGCGGAUGGGCGCUGAGUGCUCCCUGGCACCCAAUAUCUUCACCGAUCAUUUCACUUCGGAAUCUGCUCAUGUUCGGUUGGCUGCUGCUACCUCACUUGGAAAUGCCGCCGCUGGCAAUGUCGAACCCUACCUAGACAUCAUUCUUACCGGUCUGGUCAAGUCCAAUGAACAAUGCUACCUCCUUCUUAACUCUGUGCGGGAGAUGCUACGUCACGUUGAAGUUAUUCGUCCUGAUCUUGCUUCCUCCGCUCUUAAACUCUGGCAGGCACUUCUCGUUGUAUCUGGAGAGGAGGAAAACCGCGCCGCGGGUUCAGAGUGCCUUGGCCGACUUGCCCUAAUUGACCCACCCACCUACCUUCCUCAUAUUCAGGAGUGUCUUUCCACUUCUGACACCGCCGUGCGUGGGGUAUUGAUUUCGGCUUUCCGCUACACGUUGGCUGAUUCGAGUGAGAAUUACAAGGAUUUACUGGGACCACUGAUCGUGCCUAUUUUGAGCAAGAUGCUUAGUGAUAGUGACCUGGGCAAUCAUCGCCUGGCUUUGACCGCUCUAAACUCUGCUAUUGUCAAAAAGAUGGAUUUGCUUCGUUCCAGUCUCAACGAACUACUGCCAAUUGUAUUUGGAGAUACCCAUAUCAAGCCCGAGCUGAUUCGCGAGGUACCGAUGGGUCCGUUCAAACACAAGGUAGACGAUGGGCUGGAACUGCGCAAGACUGCCUACGAAGUUCUUCACGCAUCUUUGGACACACCAUUCACAAUAUCUCAUUUCUCUCAGUUUUUCAACCGCACUGUCAAUCGCAUUCUCGCCGGUAUUGAAGACGAGCAAGAUAUUCGAACCAUCAGCAACUUGAUGACCGCCAGACUGAUCUCUAUUGCUCCCAAGGAAAUCGAGAGUCGCUUGGAUGCCUUCUCGGACGGCUACCGCAGCGUGCUGUCUGUCCGGCUCAAGGAAAACUCCGUGAGACACGAGGUGGCACAGGCUCAUGAGGCAUCGUUGGGUGUUCUCAAGAUCACCAAGCAACUCAGCAAGGCACUCCCAGGUGCAGAGGAAUCUCCUGAUCUGCCGAAAUGGAAGGAGUAUAUGCGCUGGGUCCGGAACAGCUUUGAGACCGCUUUCAACAACUUGGAUUAA